AUGGAAAAUCUUUUUGUCGUCAUUGCAGUGCGAGAUUUGUUGGUAUCUGCAAACAUUUCAGUCAAUCCACAAUCGAUCCAAAACUUUGUUGAAGAUUCGGCAAAACAAGUGAAGGUGCUUUUAAAAGAUGAAUUAAAAUAUAAAAUGAUAGGACUUAAGCUUGAUAUUGCAACUAGAAUGGGACGAAGUGUACUUGGUGUUAAUGCUCAAUUCUAUUCACAUGAAUAUGAGAAGAUAACGAUUCGAUCUUUGGGAAUGAUUGAGUUAAAAAACAGACAUACAGCAUCCAACAUAAGUAUUAUACUUAGUGAAUUAUUGCGAUCAUUUGACAUUGACCAGAGAUCAAUCUGUAGCAUCACAUGCGACAAUGGUGCGAACAUAAUAGCAACGGCAAAAAUAUUGCAAGCCCAUCAAAGUAGCAUGCUUCUUGGAGAUCAAAUUGAAGAAAUGCAACUUGAAAAUCAAGAAGAGUUUGACAAUGAUGAAGAAGAUGAACUUGAAUUCGAUAAUAAUGGACCAUCAGAUAUGCCAAUGCACAUUAAGAAAGCACUGAAUGGAAUUACGUCAAUAGCCGUGCUAGUUCGCUGUUCAAUCCACACAUUACAGCUAUCAGUACAUGACUCACUGAAGGAAAUCAAGCAACUAUUUGGCACUGAAUUGUAA